AUGGCGACGACUCAGCCAACAACGCCGGGUAAUGAUAGCCAGCCGUCACGCCCCCCCCUCCCCCCCUCCACCUCUGCCCUGCAUUUUUGUGCCUGUUCCGAGCGAGAAUGCAUCCUCAUUGUCGUGUCCCCGACAGGCCGCCGAGCCCUAGCCGUGCGCAACAAUGACGAAGGCAGUCGCAUUCCUCGUCCAAAGUCCACCACAAAGAAGCGCGCUCCUGACUGGUCCAAAAUUCACCAAGCUGAGGAGACUCGUAAAGCCAAGGUGCCCUAUCUUAGCCCCAACGCACUCAGACUCAAGCAGCACGAGCCACCCCUCAUGUUUAUCUUCUUCCUCUGGUGUCCCAGGCCAUGGAGCACCUUCUCCGCCUCGCAUACUCGAGCGCGCGUGCGUAGCUCGACCUCGGAAGAUCUUUUUGCGCCAAAAAUGGCCAAGAGUGACGAGGCCAUGACGCCGCUCAAGUCCCAUCCGGCUCAAAAGCCCGCCAGCCUGCGCCGUGCGCAGAUUGGCACAUCGCGUGCAUGCUCAAACCCUGCGACCUCUGGGCGUAGAGUGGAGAAGGAGGGCUCAGCCCAAGAGGAUUUAUUUCAAGCCGACGACAGUGCCCUGGCCUCGAUCAUGUCUGAAACAGGCAUUGACGGUUACCGCGGAUCUACAGCUACCCACCUCGCCCCCACCACGCCUGGCUCGCGCGUGUCCAUGGCGGCCCGUCAACAGCGCAUGUCCAUGUACUUACGACUUUACGAUGACAGCCAGAGCACCCAUCCCGCCAAGACUGAUAAUCCAACUGCUCCAAGCAUCGAUCACGACACAUUUGGUGAUGCGCACGCCGCUCUCGCCGGCUUGAGCGUCCAAGACACGGAUAACUCAAAGCGCGCCACCUUGGCCGCCUCACGUGCCGAAGUUCGCGCCAAGGCCGCAGACCUGCGCGGCGGCGCAUUGCGCGUGGUCAAACGCGCUCCAAAGGCUGGGGAAGGCCAAUCGAUGCCCUGCCAGACCCCAUCCCGUCAGCCUGUAGCACGCACGGCCACGACAUCCCGCCGGGCACAGCCUCAAGCAUCUCGAAUGUCCAGCGUUCAGCGCUCAACCACCUGGUCUCAGCGUCGGCAUUCCCAUUACGCCACAGGUCUUCGCUCUGGCUCGCGCAGCCGCCUGCAACAGCUGCGUGGCAAUCAGUCCGUUGCUCCUGCCCUAGAUGCUGGCGCGAGUCCGAUGCAUCUGCACACCCAAUCCCGAAGCCAGGCCAACGACCUUGGGCUGCACGCAAUGCCCACCUUUUCCCUCGAGGCUCACCACACCCACCCUACCGAAUCUGAGCUCCAGCCCCUGCGUUUGGCCGGCGCUCUGAAUGAUGCCCUCCAGACCGACGAGCAAAAUAGCAUAGACCCAGAAACGGCCGAGUAUCUGCGCCUCAUGGCCGAGGAAGAGCAACUUCAGCGUGAUAUUGCCCAGUACCAGCUACAAUGCUCGACCACAGACGAAGCUGUCGAUAACGCCGACGAUAUUCGUCUCAGCCCGGCCGCCUCCAUCCCAACAAUUAAAAUCGCUGAGACUUUGGUUCGAGCAAGCCCAAGUUCGAAUACCAGUUGUCUCUCACCUUCCUCAUCCCCAAUGCCCUCACAUGACCAAAGCCGCAGCCCUUUCCGGAUUCUUCGAAGCCCCAGCAAGCGCUCGUGGUCCGAGGCUGCCGCGGCAAGUGCCGAGUUUUGUCUGGAGGACGACUUGAUGGACCAGAUGCUGGAGGGAACCCCGGCACAGCCAUCAGCAACCUCUGCCAUGCUUCGAGCAGCUGGAACAGCUAAUCCCGUGGCCCAAGUCUUGGACCGCCGUGAUGUACAGGAGGAGCUGGUUUUGCCCGUCUUCCGUGUAGGCGCUCUCCUACGUGGCAUCGAGCUGCCUUUUGCCCGCCGCGCCACAAAGACUGCAUCAAGCUCCUGA